GCCUGGAAUAGCCCUCCCAGGUCCCUCACUUAGUCUGGAAUUUCCUUAGGAAUGAAAGAGAAACUCAAUAGGGAAACUCCUUUCCUUGUAAACACCCCCGCUCUCUUCUUCCAGUUGCAUUUCUCCCAGGGGACUUCCUCCAGAAAGGCUGGCAGAGAGCCCAGAGGGGGCGGGGGACAGACUUUCAGUUCAGUCGGAAUGGCGGUAGGAGUGGAGCAGGGUCGAGCCCCUAACCCCAUAGCGGGUCUCCAACCCCAGGGGCGUGACAGUUUACCACUCCAAUAAUCCUCGGAGUGUGAACAGGGUACCUCUUUCCUAAAUUUACUGCCCUUUGGCAUUCCACGAAAGGGGUUGAAAGUAAGGGGAAGAGAAGCUUGGGGCACUAGAAAAAGAGUCCCCGUCACCGCAUCUCGGAAAGCUGCCCUAACCUGAAAUGUCCACAGAAAAGACUUCUUGAGGGGCGGCCAGGGGCCUCCCUGAGCUUCUAGAUCUCCCGCCACCUUCAGCUGCGAUUGGCCCGAGGUGGCCCGCCCAUACUCUGGGUGGGGCUUCCACUUGGUGGCUAGGAGGCUAUAAACCGCCGGCACUUGUUCUUCUUCACCUCUCCAGAGUCCCUCAGCUAGUCCAGCCAUGAUCCUGUUCUGUCUGCUGUGGGGAUGCGUUUUCACUGCUGUCCAUAUGAAACCAUCCAUUUCUUGUGAGGAAAAGCAGUACUUGGUGAAUGGGCUGUGCUGUAAGAAGUGCUCUCCAGGAACAAAGCUGGUCACUGACUGCACUGAGGACAGUGAAACCCAAUGCAUGCCUUGCCAAGAGGGAGAGUUCCAGUCUUCCUGGAACCAUGAUAAAUACUGCCAUCAGCACAAAUACUGCGAUCCCAAUUUGCACCUUCAGAUUCAGAAGGAAGGUUCCUUGGAAAAAGACACCAUCUGCAUCUGCACAGGUGGCCUUCACUGCAGUAGCCCAGAGUGUGAGAGUUGUAGCAUCCAUAGCCCCUGUCAGCCAGGCUUUGGUGUCUAUCAGACAGGCACAGGUACUACUGACACUAUCUGUGAACCUUGCAAGAAAGGCUUCUACUCCAACGUGUCCUCUGCUUUUGAACAGUGUCUCCCUUGGUCCAGCUGUGAAGCCCCAGGACUGAUGAAAAUUCAGGAAGGGACAGAUAAAACUGAUGUACUCUGCCAGCUGGUGUAUCAAAAUCCAGUUUCUCCAGAUCGAAUCAGUCUCCUGGUGCUGAUCCCCAUCACAGUAGGAAUUGUUUUUGCUGUCAUCACCUUAUUUUACUGGAAAGGUCUGUGCUUCAAGGAGCUGAAGAAGAACAAGGUUCUGCAGCUCGUGGAGACAGAGCCCCAGGAGCCCCCAGGAAAGCAUCCCCAGGAGAAUGAUGAGGAUCCCUUCCCGGUGCAGGAAACCUUACUUCGGGGCCAGCCUGUCACCCAGGAGGAUGGCAAGGAGAGCCGCAUCUCUGAGCAAGAGGGACAAUGAGAGACCCGGGCCAGAGUGGGCUCUGGGAUAGAGCUUCAGGGCCUCUUGAGGUGGGGGGAAGCCCCGGGGGACAGAGAGCUGCUGUCCUGGAAAGGGGCGGGGGAAGCCCUUGGGGGCUGCCUGCUUCCUGUCUGACCCUCGAGAUGCUCGAGCAGCAGGUCCUCAGACUUUUCCCCCUUUGCAAUGACUGACAUUUCCACACCCCAGAGUUUCUCUUGGUCCUACUGCCUUUGUGUAAAGAGGAAGGACAAGAGAAAAUGGCCAGUUAUCAGAGAAGGAAUACCCACUAGCAGGAUCCCACCCUCCCGCCCUCCGGGCUCUAGCCACCAAGAGGAUUCCCCUGAAUACACACUGCCCACAAAGCCCCUUGGGCCGAACAGGGUAAAAGCUUUGCCUUUUAGCAUCCAUUCAAGGCUGGACCCGAUACCCAGGGUCUUUCCCUCCACCAGUGGCUGCUGCCAACGCUGCUGGGUACGGUAGUGCCCUGUUCCUCACCUUCAGGGAGAACAUGGGGAUAAAAAUAUACUAUCCCAUUAUCUUCCCGCAGCGCCAGCUGAGGGGGAAGCAGACAGGAGGAGCAGAUGGAACAAAAGCCAAGGGAGGAGAGAGGAAGGAGGCAGGGCAGCGGGAAGCCGGCUCUGGCCCAUGCUGGCCCAGGCACAGAUGAGGCGAGGGUCAGGCCAGAGAGGGGGUCAUGAUCAUGGAAAGGUAGGAUGCGGCCGGGGUUUGGACACAUUUCCUGGAAUGCUGUUGGGGUUGGCAUCUCUAAGUGGUUUGGAGAUUGAUGAAAUAAAACUUGGAAGUCCAAUCCGAGGUCUUGAUCUA